AAGAAUGCGCUGACAAUGUAUUAAUAUAAUUGAUUUCAGCCUUCUAAAUCCUAUCUUAAUUAUAUUUGUAGACACACACAUAUGACAUAUAUAUUCGCACAAAGAAGCGUCUGGCAGCAAACUCGAUCGUAGGUGGUACUGGUGUUUGAAUCUAUGGCUACAACGAUAAAAAGGGUCACCGUUCAAGAGUGUUGUAACAUUGCACCGCCCACUGCCGCUGGAGAUGAGGCGGAGCAAUCCCUGCCUCUUACAUUCUUCGACAUUCUCUGGCUAUACAUUCACCCAACUCAGCGUCUUCUCUUCUACCAAUUCCCCUGCUCCGCCAAAGAUUUCCUGGAAACUAUUGUCCCAAGUCUCAAGAAAUCUCUCUCUCGAACUCUAGGAAAUUACCUUCCCCUGGCAGGAAACUUACUAAUCCAUCCCUCGAAUUCAGGCAUGCCUGAGUUUCGCUACAGCCCUGGGGACUCAGUUUCCGUCACCUUUGCAGAGUGGAGCGAAAAUUUUGACUUUGAUUACCUGACAGGUAACCAAGCCCGGAAUUCAGAUAUGUUCUAUGCUUUGGUUCCUGUAUUGCCAGAACCCAGAGUUGAAUCUGAAUCGGCCUUUAAAAUAAUACCACUUCUAGCUAUCCAGGCCACUCUUUUUCCAGAAACAGGCAUUUGUAUUGGCAUUACUAACCAUCACGCCGUUGGGGACGCCAGUUCAAUAGUGGGAUUCAUUAAAGCUUGGAGUAGAGCAGCCAAACUUGGGGAAAAUCAGCAACUUUCAGCUGAAAAUCAAUCACUUCCAUUUUUCGACAGAUCCGUGAUUAAAGAUCCAUCAGGGCGGGCAAACCUUUUUUGGAACCAAAUGAGGCUUUUCCAGGUUGGGUCAUCUUAUUUAGAAUUUCCUACUAAUAAAGUCCGAGCAACGUAUGUUCUGCAAAACAAUGACAUCCACAUACUCAAGAACUUGGCGUUAGCUAGAGAACCAGGUCUACCUCACUUAUCGUCUUUUACAGUAACAACUGGUUAUGUUUGGGCCUGUUUGGUGAAAUCUGCAGCUGAAGCUGGGGAAGAAGUUGACGAUGAUGAGCCCGAAUACUUUGGCUUCGCCGUGGACGCCAGGCACAGGCUGGAACCGCCAGUGCCAGCCACGUAUUUUGGGAACUGCUUGGCGUUUGUCGUGACAGAAUCCACGCACAGGCUACUUAGAGGAAGUGCUGGAUUUGUUGUCGCAGUAAAGUUAAUUGGAGAGCUUAUUAGUCAAAAGGUAAAUAACAAGGAGGAAAUCUUGAGAGAUGCCGAUGACUGGAUAGUCAAGUAUGGGUCGCCAUUAUUGGGUAAACGGACUCUUGGGGUGGUGGGAUCGCCAAAAUUCGACUUGUAUGAUGCGGAUUUUGGGUGGGGAAAACCGAACAAGUAUGAAUCGAUGUCGACAGAUAGGUAUGGAUCCAUGUCAGUUUGCAAGUCGAGGGAAUUUGAGGGAGGUCUAGAGAUUGGUUUGUCUUUGCCUAGGAAGAAAAUGGAUGCCUUUGCAGCCAUCUUCUCUGAUGGACUAAAGACAUCAACUUCUCAAUAAUCAUCACGUGCUGCUUGGAUUCUUGUUGAUCUACAAACGGGACAGCAGCCCCAUUAACAGUUUGUGAUUUUCGACAAGUUCUUGUAUAAUACUAUAUUUAA